AUGGAGAUUCGCUUCGGGGCCUCGCUCUCACAAAACUCCUCCUUCCGCCGCACGAUGGAGGACACCUAUGUCGUGAAGGCGGACCUUGCAGUUGACUACCCGUCGGUCGGGUCGAAAAACUUCCUGGUCGGCGUGUUUGAUGGCCACGGCGGGGCCAAAACCGCCCUGCACACGGCCGAGGUCCUUCCCGAGGUGCUGGCCGACCAGCUGCGCGCUUUGGCAAGUCUCAACAGCGGCAGCCAGGAGGACUCCAGCGCAUCGGACUCCGAGCCGUCGGACUCCGAGGCGGCCACCGCGCCAGAGACCGGUUCCCCCUCCGAGCAGGCCGAUGCCGGGGCCAGCGUCAAUGCCAGCCCCGAGGCCAGGCCGAUGGCCACCAAUUCCGGGGCCGGGUCCACGCCGCAGUUCACCGCUGCCCAUGCCAUUGACCGCGCCUUCGCGCGCAUCGACGAGCAGCUGGCCAAUGACAAUGUCCGACUUCCCGGGUCCGCGGUGGCUGUUUGCCUGCUGACCGAGGACCCGACGGCCGGCCGCCGGAUCUUGACCGUCGGCAAUCUCGGCGACGUGAAGGCCGUCCUGAUCCCCGGGCCGUUGGACAUUUUCCGGUCCCCCCCGGCCGAGCUGGCCUCGCGCCCGGUGUACGACCUGUCGCUGGACCACACGCCGCGCGAUACGGACGAGCGCGACCGGGUCCUGCGCGAUGGUGGCCUGGUGUUCCGCAAUCGCGUGGGCGGUGUGCUGGCCGUGAGCCGGGCCCUGGGCGACCUGUCGCUCAAGCCGGCGGUCUCGGUGCGGCCCUUCACCGUGGAGUUCGACCUGGAGCAGGUCCUCCGGGCCGAGGGCGCCACCGAGGGUCUGCUGGUGGUGGCCUCCGAUGGCCUGUGGAAUGUCUUCAAGUCGGACGACUUGGCCGCCGAAGCCCUGUCCUUCUUCGAGCGCAAGGCCGGCCGCGGGGGCACCGGCCCCGCCGGCAGCCCAGACCCCAUGGCCACCGCGGCGACCGCCACCGACGAGGAUCUGGACUCGGCUGACCUGGCCGACGGCGAAGACAGCCUCUGCCACCAGCUGGCCGACCAUCUGGUCAAGACAUCCAUCACUUCCGGAUCCAUGGACAACAUCACGGCCGUGGUGGUCCGAGUGACCCUCCCGCCUGUUACUUCGGCCUAG